GGAAGCGCAUCCUCCUCACCAUGAACGCGCAGCUGAGCAUGGAGGCGAUCGGAGAGCUGCACGGGGUGAGCCACGAAGCCGUGCCCGCCCCGGCCGACCUGCUGGGCGGCAGCCCCCACGCGCGCGGCUCCGUGGCGCACCGAGGCGGCGGGCACCUGCCCCCCGCGCACCCGCGCUCCCUCGGCAUGGCGAGCCUGCUGGACGGCGGGGCGGGCGGCGGCGGCGGCGGCGGGGGCAGCGACUACCAUCACCACCAUCACCACCGCGGCCCCGAGCACAGCCUGGCGGGCCCCCUGCACCCCACCAUGACCAUGGCCUGCGAGACCCCGCCGGGCAUGAGCAUGCCCACCACCUACACCACCCUCACCCCGCUGCAGCCGCUGCCGCCCAUCUCCACCGUGUCCGACAAGUUCCCGCACCACCACCACCACCACCACCACCAUCACCACCACCACCCGCACCCGCACCAGCGCCUGGCGGGCAACGUGAGCGGCAGCUUCACGCUCAUGCGGGACGAGCGCGGGCUGGCCUCCAUGAACAACCUCUACACCCCCUACCACAAGGACGUGGCCGGGAUGGGGCAGAGCCUGUCCCCCCUGGCGGGCUCCGGCCUCGGGGGCCUCCACAACUCCCAGCAGGGGCUGCCCCAUUACGCGCACCCGGGCGCCGCUAUGCCCGCCGACAAGAUGCUCACGCCGAACGGUUUCGAAGCCCACCACCCUGCCAUGCUCGGCCGGCACGGCGAGCAGCACCUCACGCCCACCUCCGCCGGCAUGGUGCCCCUCAACGGCCUUCCCCCGCACCACCCGCACGCCCACCUGAACGCGCAGGGCCACGGGCAGCUCCUGGGCACCGCGCGGGAGCCCAACCCCUCGGUCACCGGCGCGCAGGUCAGCAACGGGAGCAGCUCGGGCCAGAUGGAGGAGAUCAACACCAAGGAGGUGGCCCAGAGGAUCACCACGGAGCUCAAGCGCUACAGCAUCCCGCAGGCCAUUUUCGCGCAGCGGGUGCUCUGCCGCUCGCAGGGCACCCUGUCCGACCUGCUGCGGAACCCCAAACCCUGGAGCAAACUCAAGUCGGGACGGGAGACCUUCCGGAGGAUGUGGAAGUGGCUGCAGGAGCCCGAGUUCCAGCGCAUGUCUGCGCUCCGCCUAGCAGCAUGCAAGAGAAAAGAGCAAGAACAUGGGAAGGAUAGAGGCAAUACACCCAAAAAGCCCAGGUUGGUGUUCACAGAUGUCCAGCGUCGAACUCUACAUGCAAUAUUCAAGGAAAACAAGCGUCCAUCCAAAGAAUUGCAGAUCACCAUCUCCCAGCAGUUGGGGUUGGAGCUGAGCACUGUCAGCAACUUCUUCAUGAAUGCGAGGAGGAGGAGUCUGGAUAAAUGGCAGGAUGAGGGCAACUCGAAUUCAGGCAACUCCUCUUCUUCAUCAAGCACUUGUACCAAAGCAUGAAGGAAUAACCACAAACUGAAACCUCGGUGGAAAAGCUUUAAAUUAAAAAAAAUUUUUUUAAAUUACCAGGACUUCAAGAUAGCAGGUUUAUACUUAGAAAUAUUUGAAGAAAAAAAAUGUUAUUUAUAGUCCAAAGAAACCAAAGACUUAGCUCACCUGCAUUCUGACUUUGUUGAAUACACAAUUCAGCAGUGUGAUGACUUAGCAAGAAAAAAAUGAUGAACAGGAUAACACCACUGGAUAUCACACCUUCGAUCCAUGAUCAUUCUCACUGUGCUUGGCUGUUUACUGGGAUGGAGCAUAGUGAUUUUUGUGUCACCAGGUUCUACUGCCCCAUGAAGGUGUACAGUCUCAGUACUACAUGUGUGUGUGGGUAUUCACGAAUGUAUACACACAUAUGUGCAUACUCAUCCACCCGCCAUCACCACCCACAGUGGUUAGGGAUUUGAGUAGGGCUGGUCUUCAGGAAGAGUUGUGCUGUCAGAGUGCAACCAACAUAGUUUGGGGUUGUCCAACUUCAUUGGAUUAGGGGUGUGUGAUUUUGCGCAUUUCGCCUAGUGUUUGAACCUGCCGGGCCUACAACUUAAAUGCAGAUUCAAAACCAGAAAGGAAAAAUUUGAAUGACACCUAAACCAGUGCAUUCUCUUUGUUUGUUAAGAAAUGUUCAGAUAUUUUUUAAGAAAUGAAACAAGAGUCCAUUCAUUCAGGAAAAAAAAAUUACCUAGGUACCAAAGAACACAAUGUUAUAGUGCAGGUAUUUUAUUGCAGUGAUUUUAAUAACCAAAGCUAUUUUUACACAAGAUACUAUGUAAAGUUAUACAUAUGAACUGAUCUCGCUAUCAUUCACAUGCCGCAGAGAAUCCUGGCUCUUAUUUAUGACUCUUGAAGCAUUUUGAAAUAUUAGUUUUCAGAACUGGCAAGAAAGAAUGUAGCUUCAGGGAAGCAAUUAAUAUCAUAACAGAGAGGUCAAUGCACUGUACUUGUACAUCCAGAUGGCAUGCUCCCUUUCAGGAUGCAUAAAUGUCACUUAAGAAGACAGCUAGACAUAAUUCCAUAAUCUGUUCAGACCUGAGAAGAC